CUUGCAAUUUUAUAACCACACGAAACGGCUAUGGGCAGUAUAGCAGACCUGGAGCAACAAGCGCUAUCGCAGUUCGAUCGUCUGGUCGAAGCGGGUGAGCUUUUAUGGACGGAGGUGAAAGCGCGCCAUGUGAAGUCCACGCCGUUCAAUUUCCAAUUCCGCGUCGCAUCAAGUCUCGCCAAGAAGCCACAGUCGGCUACACGGCACCAGAAGAAAGUGUCCAAUGCCUUCGACGACGACAACCCAGAUUUCAGCCUUGGCCUGGUCGGGCCCAGUCAUAAGCUGAUACUGAAUAAGUUCUGUGUCGUGCGGCCGCAGUUUGUGAUUCAUACUGUUGACUUUGAGCCGCAGCAAACGCCGCUCAGUGUGGCUGAUCUGAGCGCACUGUGGCACGUGUUGGGGAAUUUGCAAAGCGAGCACUUUGCGAUAUUCAACUGCGGCGUUGAUGCAGGCGCGAGCGUCGGGCAUAAGCAUAUGCAGGUGUUGCCGCAUCCUGGAAGGGAAGACUUUGAGAUGUUUCCUGAUUCGGUAGAACUGGGAGAAGAUAUUUACAUCCAUCCGGAUGUGCCUUUUCAACAUGCUGUCCAGAAGCUACCCCAGGAAGCAGACGCAUACGCGCUCGUGAAAAUCUACCGGAGUCUGCGAAAUCGACUCGCAUUAGGGAACCAGGCACCGCACAACGUCGUCCUGACUAAGAGGUGGCUCAUGGUUAUCCCUCGAAGGGUCGGACGCAUCGCGGACGGGGAGAUGGCUGCGAACUCAGCUGUCAUGGUCGGAAUCGUAUGGAUGACAAAAGAGAAUGAGUACGAGUUGUGGACGAGAGACGAUCCCAUGAAAUUUCUCCCAGAGUUUGGGGUCCCGCGCUGAAAGGCUCCACGGGAUCUACAGGAAAAGGAAAGGAGCAACGUAGAAGAAGGUUUGCCCUGAAUACCCAAUCGCCUAGAAUCAUACAUGUACCACAUAGACCUUAGAAAGCCAUUGUCAAAACCCCAUAAUCCAG